UAGCAAAUUGAGUUUGGCCCACUCAAACGCUAUCGAAAUGCCGCAGUGGGCACAUCUCGGCCUGGUGGCUCUCGUCCUUGUCGCCUCCACCCAAGUGGGUGGGGCGGACAUCGAUUGGUGGGAGAACGCCUCGCUCUACCAGAUAUAUCCCCGCUCCUUCCAGGACAGCGACGGCGACGGCAUCGGGGACCUGAAGGGUAUUACUUCGCGACUGGGCUAUCUCAAGGAAAUCGGCAUCACGGCCACCUGGCUGUCGCCCAUUUUCACAUCGCCGAUGGCGGACUUUGGUUACGACAUCUCAAACUUCUACGACAUCGAUCCGAUUUUCGGUACCCUCGAGGAUUUCGAUGCCCUGAUAGUGGAGGCCAAGUCGCUGGGCGUUAAGAUCAUCCUGGACUUUGUACCCAACCACUCGAGCGACGAGAACGAGUGGUUCCAAAAGUCUGUUAACCGCGAGGAGGGUUACGAUGACUUCUACGUGUGGGACGAUGGAAAGUUGAACGAGGGAACAGGGGAGAGGGAUCCACCCUCAAACUGGACCAGCGUGUUCGGCGGACCCAUGUGGACGUGGAACGAGAAGCGCCAGCAGUACUUCCUCCACCAGUUCCUGGUGAAGCAGCCGGAUCUCAAUUUUACCAACCCAAUGGUGAGGGAGCACAUGCUGGACGUCCUGAAGUUUUGGCUGGACCGGGGAGUGGACGGGUUCAGGAUCGAUGCGGUGCCCCACAUCUACGAGCGUCGAAAUGCGGAUGGCUCCUAUCCGGAUGAACCGGUCAGCGGCUGGGGCACUGACCCCAAUGCCUACGACUACCACGAUCACAUCUACACCAAGGAUCAGCCGGCCACGGUGGACUUGAUGUACGAGUGGCGGGCGUUUUUGGACAGCUAUCGAGCGGAGAACGGAGGUGACUCUCGGGUUCUCCUGGCCGAGGCCUAUUCCUCCGUGGAAACGCUGAGUGCCUACUUCGGCAACAGCACGCAUCAGGGCACCCAGCUGCCCAUGAACUUCCAGCUGAUGUACCUCAGUGGCUACUCCACCGCCAGGGAUGUGGUGGGAUCCAUCGACUACUGGAUGAACACCAUGUGGACGGACCACCAGACGGCCAACUGGGUGGUCGGUAAUCACGACACCAACCGCGUGGCCGAUCGCAUGGGAGCCCAUAAAGUGGAUCUGCUGAAUGUCAUCGUGAAUGCCCUGCCAGGUGCAUCGGUGACCUACUACGGCGAGGAGAUCGGCAUGUCCAACGUGGACGUGGAGUGCUCUGGCGACUCUUGCGAGGAUCGGGAUGGGGAGCGAACGCCAAUGCAGUGGACUGCCGGAAAGAACGCCGACUUCUCUGAAGGGGAGAGCACCUGGUUGCCCCUUAGCCCGGAAUACCAGCGGUACAAUGUUCAGACGGAGCGAGGGGUCUCGAGAUCCUCCCUAAACAUCUUUAAAGGACUUCAGGCUCUUAAGAGCAGUGCCGCCUUUCUGGCAUUCAAAGAGGAGGGAGGAUUUUCCUACGAAGCGGUCACGGAACAGGUUCUGCAAAUUAUACGCACCAACAAGUACAGCGAAGAGUAUCGAAUCCUGGUCAACAUGGGCAACGAUAUGGAGAUCAUCGAUGGACUGGCCUCUAAGACCUACGAGUAUGUCUUGGUCACCGCGUACUCCAGCCACUAUGCGGGACAAAAAGUAGACCUGUCGCAGCGAAUCAUUCUCAUGCCCUACGAAGCAGUCGUUUUGCGCUGGUCGGCGUAACUUCAGUCAGACUAUUUUGUUAUUUAAUAAAAUAAAUUCCUUGUUUAUUUCCUGUUAAA